AUGUCCCACACUUUCCAGCGCAUGCGAUCCUCGUUCAGUAGGACGACACAGAGCGAAAAACGAGAGAAUAGUGACACUAGCCCCUCUCAAGGAGCCAGGAAACAGACAUAUUAUAGAAACCGACGACCCUUUGAAAUAUUAUAUAAUGGCCCAACGGGUGCUACUGCCGGGGAGAUUGAAGUCGAUAUAAUCGCGGUUCAUGGUCUGGGUUCUAAUGUGGACUGGUCGUGGACCUGGAAAGGUGAGGACGGGAAACCACCAUACGUCCACUGGCUGAAAGACCCCGAUAUGCUUCCCGCUGUAGUGCCAAAUGCGCGAAUUAUGACUUAUUGUUACGAAUCGAGAUGGCACUCUAACGCUCCUAAAAUUCGCCUUGAGAUCUGCGGUGAGGAAUUAAUCCACAGUUUACAUUAUUUUCGUACUGGUGUCUUGGAUCGCCCUUUGAUCUUUAUCGCACAUAGUCUCGGUGGUUUGGUCGUGUUAUAUGGCUUACUAUAUGCCGACCGUGAUAGAAGAUACGGAUACAUACCCGAACGGACAAUUGGGUUCGCGGCUCUCGGAACACCAUUCGGGGGCACGAAGAUGCAAAGUAUCGCCGCAAUGUCUGCGUGGCUUAUGAGUUUUGCAGGUUCCAACAACGGCAUUAUUGCAGAUUUAAGUCUUCAUAAUAAAUAUCUGGAAGAAAAAGUACAUGCCUUCGGCCAACUUCGGGAAAGGCUCAAGUUGCCUAUAUGGUGUUUUAUCGAAUUAAAAGACACAGACUAUGGGAAGAGAUUCGGUAUUCCAGGUCUGAUUCGAGGAAGGGUGGUGAGCGAAACUUCUGCCCAUGUCCCUGGCUGGAAGCGAUCCAACCUAUAUUCAGACCACUUGAAGCUGAACAAGUUCUCGGGUCCGGAUGACCGUUCUUUUCUAACCGUUUCGGGUGAGAUUUAUAACAUGUACAACGAUUGGAAGAAUUCGUUAGAUAAACGGAAGUCUGGUGAUACAGUGAAGCCCGCAUUGCCAACCCCUGAAAGCUUCGACGUUGAGAAGACCCAUUCCGAUAGCUUCGAGCAUAAGGCAGCCAGCUUUAUAGAUAGAUCUGGUCUCUUGCACAGAAUGACGGACGAAAUUGGCACAACUCCGCAUUUCCGAUCUAUUUUGGGUCUGUACGGAAUAGCAGGAUGUGGUAAGUCGGUAAUGGCUCGUCACUUUGCGAGGUCAAAAGACUUUACCGCCCGCUUCGAGCUUCCCGGAAAAUCAGAAAUCGAUUUCAACGCGACGCUAGCCAGGUUCGCAGAGGAUAUACCCGGUCUCGUCCCACCAUUGGAUUCGGUAAAUUUAACGCGGGACCUCUUAGCGACCGGGGAAUCCAACGAGCUUCGAGAUCGACAACAGAAAAGCAUAGAUGCUAUCAUUCAAUGGUUUAACGCAAAAGGCAACACAAAGUGGUUUAUCCUCAUAGACGACAUCUAUUUUCGAGAUUUGAGCAAAACUGUCAUUGGAGAGAGUAAACAUUGGGUUCAAUACUUUAUUGAUAAAAUUCACCAGGGGACCAUAAUAGCCACCUCCCAAAGUCCGGAUCUCGCGCGGAUAUUUCCGAGCAUUCAUGUUGAUGGCCUAGAAGAUUUUGAAAGCUUGCGUCUAAUAGAAAAGGUCCUUGGCCUUAGAGAAGGAUCAGGAGGCAAUAGUUACCUCAAAUUGGCAAAACUCCUGGACAACCAUGCGUUGUCUGUCUAUAGCGCAGCUCGGUACAUGAAACAGUAUAUAAUGGAUGUUGAGGACUAUAUUAAUAUUUGGCGGUCACAAGACGAGAGUAUUCUUGACGACUCCAGGCUUCGCUUGGAUCAGACACUUACUAAAACAAUAAGUCUAGCCAUAGAGAGACUCGAGUCAGAGACUCGGGGGUUUCUCCUCGUCUGCGCUUUUUUGGACCCCGGGUGUAUUUGGGCCGAGCUGUUCCCGGAUAUACCUCAUGAUAAGUUUAAGCAUUUUGUGUGGCAGCUUGGGGCAUUAUCCUUGAUUAAACAAGCACCAAAUCUAGAAUUUGGAAAGGGUGGCAUUGCCAUUCAUCCCGCGGUCCACAAAGUAGUACGUUUACUUGCGCUUCAGAGGAGUGACGUCGAGUCAUACAUCAAUUCUGCAAUCUACAGCGUCGCACGAGCGUUGCCGAAUGAGGACAGCAAGGAGGCCGCGGAAGAACAGCGCUGGAUUCUCCCUCACGUAAUGCAAUGUAAAGAGAAUUUAGAAAUCCUUAAGAGCUACGGCCUGAAUAUUCGCCGCGGGAUCUUACCAGGUCUUGGUCGUCUUGGACAACUGCUGCAGCGAAGAGGACAAUUGGACGAUGCGGCAAGAAUAUACGCUUGGGCUCUAAGAACCUAUGACGAACUGUCACUCAUGGACCACUUAGAGAACGAAGAGAUAAACGGAACCGCGUCCGCUAAUAGUCAAACCCAAGAGAUGAACAACUUGCCAUGCCAGGAUGCGGAUUACUAUAUUAUCCUCAACGACUUUGGCAUAAUAUACAAGGAUAGGAAUGAGUUUGAGCACGCGGAGGCAUGUUUCAAAUUUAUAUGCGAUUCUAUUGACAGUACCUCGGUGAAAGCACACCUAGGGGACUCUUCGAAUUUUAUCUUGGAUAUUAAUCUUGCGCUUGUCCUUACACAACGAGGCCGACUCGAUGAAGCUGAAACUUUAUUGAAUAGGGCGAAGGGACACUACAAAACGCUACCGGAAAAGUACGCCAGAGUGCAGGAGCUCCAAAUUGAACAAUAUCUGGGUACUAUCCUAAAACUACGAGGCGAUCUUGUUGGCGCAUCGGAAGCUUUAAGUGAGGCAUCAUCUAGACUACAAGCUAUACUGGGGAGCUCCUUAGAAUCUGCACUCGCCGAAAAGGAACUUGGCUCCGUUUUCCUUCUCCAGGGUAAACCGGAAAGCCUAAAUCAAGCCAGAAAAUGUUUUAAAGAAGCCGAAAAGUACAUUGGAGAACAUUGUGAAGCAGACAGUAUAAUUGCUCUCGACCUGCGGUGGCACCAAGUCACCCUUCGCAUGGCACAAUGCUAUAAGUAUAAACAGGAUGACGAAACGGCUGUUCAACAGGCUUGCGACGACUACGAAAAACAUAUCCAGCGCCUAGAAGAGCUACUUCCUAGGAAUGACGCAAUGACUCUUAACAGCAUACGAACUUACGGCAAAUGGCUCAUAAAGCUCGGCAGAUUCCACGGUGGGAGAAGAAAACUUCAAAGGGCGAUCAAGGGAUACAAACUCCAGACUAACAAUCCGUUACAAGCUGCAUUCGCAAACAUGGAUCUGGCUGAUGGAUAUUUCACAUGUUGGCCUGAAGAACAGGACGACCUUCAUAAUCUAGAGAUGGCAAAAGAGUACUAUUUAAAGUCGGUGGAAUUGUUCGUAUCUCUUAACUCUUCGUUUGCCAAUGUGUUCACAGUGGAUAUCCACAAGAAACUAUACGAAAUCCGGCAACGGUUAGAUACAGCUUAA